GGGGGGGGGGGUUGCGUCCCGGGGUUAUCGGCCAAUUGGGGUCAGACCAAGGCACUAAAAUCUGGGAACCAGGUGGAUGUCGGCUAACUCUAUGAGCCUCUUGUCCGGCGAAUUCGAUCCACUCCACCGAACCUAGCUGGAAAACCAAACUGACGGCAUGUGUGAGAUUUGUGCUGUGGUCUACCAGCCCGCUGCUUCUCCAGCCUCCGAGACGGCGGUUGAGACGGGCACAUGUUCCCAUUUGCUUCGGGGUCCCACCACCGGGAUCGCUGGGGAUGGGACCUUGCAGGACGCAAGGCGCGACGUCGAAAUAGGAAGCGAGGCUGGGCCGCUGGUGACGCAAUUGUGGAAGCUGGCCAGUCCUUUUUUUGUAUGGUCCUCUACGGGCCGCUUGGGCCGGUCUCAAAUCGACACCUCGAGGAGGUGCAAUCGUUAUGUGAUGUUGAAAAGCCUUCGAGGCAUUUCGGACGGUGCCCAGUAUAUUUGUUGAAUAUAAUAAACGUGUUGAGCCAAUCUCAGCCGGCAAUCAUGCCAACCAUCGAUGUUUCACAGUCCUGUUCAUGAUUCCUGCGUGGGGAAGCUUUGGCUGGGAUUGGCUAGAUGGUACACAAUGUUCAUGUAGUCGGUGAUGUCCUCGUUGACAACUUGCUGAGAGAGGAUAGUGUUUUCUUGAUGUCUCCUUCCCGAGGCAAUUUGCUGAGGUUGCUCUAUUCCCGAUGAACGGGGUUUGAGCUUACGGAAGGGUUGACCAACCCCCAGCCUGCCUAGGUACCUAGGUACCUACCCGGACAGAUAGUCAUGCCUGCCUGCCCAGGGAGCUUGGCUCGUGCUUGCUGCCCCUGCCCGUCUUGGUAGCUUGACGGCGGCGAAAGGCAGCCGCCAUUACGCAGCUGCUCAACUCCAACACCAAACGGUCCACCAAUUCGAACCUCCAUCUCCCUUUCCCAGCCGCAUCAUCACCCCCUCGAUACCCUCACGAUGCCUUCCACAACGACAGAGACCUUGUCGCUGGUGGAGGAGCGGAAAGUCAGCGUCGCUCCUCUCGUACUGCUGUCCGUGGUCGACCAUUACAACCGUGGCGCAUCCACAUCAUCAAAGAACAAGCGAGUCGUCGGUGUAUUACUAGGACAGAACGAUGGCAAGGUGGUGCGAGUAUCAAACAGCUUCGCAGUCCCGUUCGAGGAGGACGAGAAGGACCCAUCCGUCUGGUUCCUAGACCACAACUAUAUCGAGUCAAUGAACGAGAUGUUCAAGAAGGUCAACGCGCGGGAGAGGUUAAUAGGCUGGUAUCAUUCGGGCCCAAAGCUGCGAGCCUCCGACCUCAAGAUCAACGAGCUGUUCAAGCGCUACACCCCAAACCCACUCCUGGUCAUCAUCGAUGUACAACCGAAGGAGGCCGGCGUGCCCACAGACGCAUACUUUGCGGUGGACGAGAUCAAGGAUGACGGCACAACAGCAUCCAAGACCUUUGUCAACACAGCAUCCAUCAUCGAGGCCGAGGAGGCAGAAGAGAUCGGAGUCGAGCAUCUGCUCCGUGACAUCCGCGAUGUUGCAGCUGGCACCCUGUCUACGCGCGUGACCAACCAACUCCAGUCCCUCCAAGGCCUUCACUUGCGAUUGCAGAACAUCCAGGUGUACCUGAAGAAAGUCCUCGACGGCAAGCUUCCGGUGAACCACGUCAUCCUGGGUAACCUGCAAGACGUCUUCAACCUGCUGCCGAACCUGUCGACGCCCUCAAAGGGCAAGGGUGAGAGCGAGCUGAGCUACGCGCUGAACGUCAAGACCAACGACCAGCUCAUGGCGAUCUACCUGAGCUCCCUGAUCCGCGCCAUCACCGCCUUCCACGAUCUCAUCGAGAACAAGAUCCAGAACCGUCAGCAACAGGAGGAGAAAGACGCAGCCAAGAAGGAGGGCGAGGAGAAGGAGAAGGAUGGGGAGAAGAAGUUGAACGGAGACAAGGCGACAAAUGGUGUCAACGGAGAAGUCAGCAAGGAGAGUUCGGAGAAGAAGGACGACAACCCAAAGGAUAAGAAGAAAUAGAGCACGGGGAAUAUGGAAGGGCAACAGGGCCGGCGCAACGGACCAUGACGCAUUGUACGAGUUCAGGACGACAUAGAAAAGUGACUGAUCCGCGGCUGGGAGCACGGAUCUGUUAAUAUUUUGGGAAUUGGCCGUAUGGUUCAUGAUAGGAGGCCGACGGUGUACCCAACCAGAAUCAUAUAUGCCUUGAGCAAAACAGCACCCAAAAGAGCCCAAACCCCCCGUCUCGUGUUUACGCCUGCCUGCCGUGGAUUCAUCCGCAGUGCCUUGUGAUUCAAAUGCGAGUUGGUCCUAAUCAUGCGUGGCCCUUGAGGUGUCUGUACCAAAAAUAUCAUGGUGCAUCUCUACAGCGCUCACCCAAGGCCAUACAUGGAUCAGACAUCCGCAAACACACCUGCCAUUUCCUCCCUUGUCACCUCCCACCUGUUCACAUACCUGUCCAGGCCCGUCUGCCAGCGCUCGGCGAGGACACAGGCCAGAAGGUGCUUACAGCAGGGUGGCACGCCGCCUGCAUCUGUGCAGCCAUCGAAACUGACGCCGCCAAACUGCCACGGCCCGCCCUUCCACCCCCCGUCCCUGUCCUCCGCACUAUCGCCAUCGUCCUCCGCCGUGGUCAUUGCGGGCACGGCGUCCUCUCCCCUACCCUCUGCCGGGACGAGGAGGGACGGCCCCGAGAGGGACGGGAACGCUGAGAAGGCGAACGCUGCGCACGUGCAAUUCCACGCCGCCGUGUGAACGACGUAGGCCCUCUGGCUGCUGCUGCUGUUGCUGCUGCUGCUGCCACCGGUGGCGGCACUCGCGGACGCCGCCGCCGCCGCGUCGCCGCCGUAGGGCCGCCGUGUUGGUUUCUGCGCGGACCGCACCGUGUACACCGACAGUGCUGGUGCUGGUGUUGGCGGUGCCCCUGCGCCCGCGGGAUCGCGCGCCUGCGGGCCCAGUUCAUGCUCCUCGUGGGUCUCAUGAGCAGUCCCGCCCGGGGCCAGCAGGCGCGUGACCAGGCCCCUGUCCAACAGGUCCAGCGCGGGCAGCAGGAGUGACGGGAACAGCACGUGCAGCGUCGUGAAGAGCGGCCGGUGCCUGGGGUCUAUCAGCCUGAGGGGGUUGGCCCGCGGUUGGCCUGUCCUCUCGGGGAACGGGUCGGCCCUGGCCGCUGUGCUUCUGUUCUGCGCUGUGUCAUCCCCGAGGUCUGGUCCGUCAGGCGCUGGGAUCCUGGAGAUCUGGCUUAGGAGCGAGGUCAGGAGCUGCCUGGGUGUUGGGAGCGCAGGCGGCGGUGACGACAUCUUGCUACGCUGUUGCGGGUGACGGCCAUUGGGAAUUACUGCUGUGAGCUGGCUUGAAUAUCUGCGGGUUGCAGCAUUAUGCGGGAAAAGUGAGGUUGGCGCAAGGCAGACAUUGAUCACUUGACGAGUUGUUGAGGCUGUAGAGCCUAGCAAGACUGACACCUGAACCCGAGAGGCCAAAAGCCGACCUCAUUAUUUGCUGCCCACCUAAUCGACCGCCCCUAGUAGGACCACAGCGGCAAAGAUUUACAUUGUCAUGGAAAUUUUCCUUGCGGAAUCUUUUGGAAUCAC